AUGGCGAGCAUCCCGGAGACCGCGGCCGCGAGGAAGGCGCUCAAGGUGUCGGACAUCCGCGCCAUCUUGGACGCCGUCGGCGUCGAUUCGUCCGGGACCAAGCCGGUGCUCCUGGGGAAACUCGAGGACCACGUCGCGAAGCAAACGUCCGAAGCCGCGCCCGCGGCGGACGCGGACGCGGCCGAGCCUCAGCCUCCCGCCGCGGACGCCGAGCCCCCCGCCGCGCCGUCCCCCGAACCCGCGCCAGCAGAGGCGAUUUCGGAGGCGAAUCCGCCGCCGCCCACGUCCGCGCGCGCGCGCGAGCCCGCGCCCGAGCCGGCGACGUGGGAGGUGGACCGAGGGAGCCCGGUCCCGCCGAGAAUGGACGUCCCGCCGCCGGUGGACGUCCCGCCGCCGGUGGAGGUCCCGCCGCCGCCCGCGCCCGCGCCCCUGAUGCCACCCGCGACGGGCGACGACGACGCGACGUGGGAAGAGAUGGGCGAGUGCAAGAUUAUCGUCGCGAACCUCCCACCCGACGCCACGGACCUCUCCCUCGCGACGAUGAUCGCCCCCGCGGCGCCGGACGCGACCGCGGUGAAGGUCCUCCGAGCGGCGGACGGCACGUCUCGCCGCACGGCGACGGUCGUCUUCGCGUCAGAGCGCGCGGCGAGGCGCGCCGUGAUCGCCGUCGACGCCGGCGCCGCGGGCGCCGGCGUCGCGGCGGAGCAUCACCGAGAGGUGGCGUGGCCGAGCGACGAGGACGACUGCGACGUCGCGAAGACGACGAUAUACGUCGCGAACGUCCCGACGUCGAUCCCCAACGAGGCCGUCGCGCAGGUUAUGGGCACGUACGGCGGCGUCGCGAGGGUGUGGAGAAACGUCGAGCCCGCCGCCGUCGGCGCCGGGGGCGACAAGCCAAUCGUCGGCGUGACGAUGACGUCGAGAGACGCCGCGGAGACGUGCGCGGCGGCGCUGUCGGGGGUGUACAAGUUCGAGGAGUCGCAGCCGCACACGGUGCGCGUGACGUGGUGCGAUCCCUCGGGCGAGCGCGCGCUCCCGGCCGCGGGCGGCGGCGGCGGCGUCGGGGAGAAGAGGAAGCGGGAAGUGGAGGACGGGGCCCAGGACGGAGGCGACGCCCUCUCGCGGCAGGCGCUGAUGUGCGGGCUCCCGCCGACGGCGACGGAGUCUGACCUCGCGACGUACUUCGCGGCCGACGGCGACGACGCGCCGUGUAAGAUCGUCUUCCUGGUGCCGCUUCGCGCGGCGUUUUUGACGUACGCGACCCCGGAGGCGGCAGCGAGGGCGGUCGCGACGCACAGCGGGACGCUGCGGCCGCCGGGGACGGCGGUGCCGGUGACGUUGCGACGAGCGUCGACGGACAUCACGCGGCGGCCCAAGACGCGCGCGGGGGGCGGCGGCGACGGCGACGGCGGCGGGCUGGGCGGGCCUGGGCCGGGCGGGACGUGGCCGUCCGUCCCGAAGCCCGGGCCGCAGUACGGCGAGCCGUCGCCGAAGCUGUACAUCGGGUCCAUACCCGCGCAGUUCGAGGAGGCGCACGUGAUGGCCAUCUUCAGCACCGUGGGGGCGGUGAAGGAGUUGAAAAUUUUACGGCAACACGACGGCCGGCACAAGGGCAGCGGGUUCGUGACGUACCACGACGUCGACGCCACGGAGCGCGCGAUCCACUUCAUCGACAGCAAGUACACGCUGCUCGCGCCCAACUACCCGGCGCAGAAGCCGCUGUACAUGAAGUACGCGGCCGUGGGGGGACAGGGCGGCCCGCGCUCCGUGGGCGGCGCGGGCGCCCCGCGGCAGAUGCCGCCGAUGAUGGGAAUGGGAGCGAUGCCGCAGCAGAUGCAUCCCGCGGCGUACGGGGCGUACCCUCCCCAGCCGCAGCACAACGUGGCGGCGUACGGGCAGCAGCCAGCCUACCAGGCCCAAGCGGCGGCGUACGGGCAGCAGCCCUACGCGCAGCAGCCGGCGCAUAAUGUGGCGGCGUACGGGCAGCAGCCCUACGCGCAGCCGGCGCAUAACGUAGCUGCGUACGGGCAGCCCCCGACGCAGCAGCCGGGCGCGGCGGGCGCGGGCGCGGCGGCGGGGGGAGGGUACGCGCAGUACCCUGGGCCCCAGCAGUGA